AUGUCCUUUAUACGCCUCUUGCAACGCAAACCCAAUGGCGAGAUCGUCUUUCGUGAAUUUACCAGCAGCGAAGUCCCUACCUACGCAAUACUCUCUCAUACCUGGGGAGAAGAGGAGGUUGUCUAUCAAGACUUGAAAAAAAGCAAGAACAAGAGCAAGACUAUAAAUAAGGCUGGGUGGAGGAAGAUACAGUUCUGCACGAAGCAAGCCGCAGUAGAUGGACUGGAAUACUUCUGGGUUGAUACCUGCUGCAUCGAUAAGAAGAAUUCGGUCGAGCUUAACGCGGCGAUCAACUCCAUGUUUCGGUGGUAUCAGAAUGCUGCACGCUGCUACGUCUACCUUUCGGAUGUCUCCAAGCCCGACACUGGGGUAGAUGACCAGAGGGCAUGGGAGGAAGCUUUCAGGAAGAGUCGUUGGUUCACUCGAGGCUGGACGCUUCAGGAGCUUAUUGCACCAAGGCUGGUUGACUUCUUUUGGGUCGAUUUUGAGCAAUUUGCUGUUGAGCUCAACCUCGCGUCAUUUCCCGAAGCUACACAGCUUGUCGCUAGAGAGAAGGAGCUAUCGGAAAUGCACGAGCUACUUCAAGAUCACAGUAUUCGAUCCUGUGUCAUCCUCCAUGGUCUUGGGGGUAUGGGAAAGACUCAGCUAGCGACCACAUAUGCCGGACGACACAAGGAGAAAUAUACGGCGAUCUUCUGGCUGAACGAGAAUGACGAAGACUCACUCAAGCUGAGCUUUCGGGACAUUGCUCAGCAGGUGCUGAGACAUCAUCCUUCUACCAGUAUACUAUCCAGCAUAGACCAAGAUAAAGACCUCGAUCAAAUUAUUAGUGAAGUCAAGGGCUGGCUUGACUCCCCGCAGAACACAAAGUGGCUAAUGAUCUACGAUAACUUCGAUAAUCCUAAAAGAUCUGACAAUCCCGACAACUCAGCAGUCGAUAUACGUCAAUUCCUCCCUCAUUCUGAUCACGGCUCGAUCAUCAUUACGACACGAUCAUCACAGGUUAAGCAGGGUAUACGAAUUCAUGUUCAGAAGCUAGAUGUCAGGGAAGGUCUUGAGAUUGUGUCUAAUAUGUCAGGACGUAAGGGUAUUGAAAAGGCGCUCGUCAAGGAACUCGACGGCCUACCACUUGCUUUAUCUACAGCAGGGGUCGGGGCUAGAGGGUAUAGUGUGCAUAGUUGUGUCCACUCGUGGAUAGUGUUUGUGCUUAACAAGGGGUGGGACAAGAGCCUUGCACAUUUGGCUUUAACCUGUGUAGCCUCGGAGGUUCCUGAUACAAAUGAAAAGUACUGGUGGCUCUCACAGCGGCGUCUUCUUCAACACGCAACACGACAGGCCUUCUUUAUAGAAGACGCCAAGGUAGAUAUAGACAGACUAUAUUGGGAGUUUCACAACCUAGGCGACCUCUACAGAGAUCAAGGCAAGCUAGCAGAGGCAGAGAUGAUGUAUCUUCGAGCGCUGGAAGGUAGAGAGAAGGCACUUGGACCAGAUCACACAUCAACACUCCAAACAGUCAACAACCUAGGUAUUCUCUACAGAAACCAAGGCAAGCUAGCAGAGGCAGAGAUGAUGUAUCUUCGAGCACUGGAAGGCUAUGAGAACGCUCUUGGUCUUGAACUUGCCUCGUCUUAUCUACCGGCGUUGAACACUAUGUUCAACUUUGGAGACCUCUUCUCGCAAACUGACCGGAAAGACAUGGCAAGGGCAAUGUAUAAUCGAGCAUUGUCUGGAUACACAACCGUCCAAGGGCCUUCCUCUAAAUUGUCUAGGCAAAUUGAAGAUCGGCUUCAAGCGUUGCAAGUUGCGUCUGCUGGGUCGAAUAAGCUUACUAAGCUAUUGGCCGAUUUUGGUCGAGCUGCUGGGUUGCAAGAGUGCCAAGAGGAGCACGGUAUCAGCGCACCAGACCGCGAUGACCUAGCAAAGACGUUGAGAGUAGCUCAGACGAUGACGACAUAG